AUGGGGAGCGAGGGGAGGGCGGCGUGCGGGAAGGCGGGGCCACACGGCCAGGAGGAGGAGGAGGAGAAGGAGGAGGAGGAGAAGGAGGAGGAGAAGGAAGAAGGGCUAGUGUCGCUCCGCUGUCACCGCCGCCGCCCUCCAGCCGGGCGCGGGCACAGCCGCCGGGACCGCGCUGCCACCUCGCUCAUCCGCUUCCGCCGCUUCUCGCGCCCCAAUCCCCCGCUCCGCGCGGCGCUGACGGGACGCGCUCGGCUGGCCGCGCGACAGAAGAAAUUCAGCAGUUUGAAAAUGUCAUCGGUCAAGCGCUUGGUUUAUGCUUUCAUCCAUUUCUUGAGAGAACAGAGUCAGAUGGAAACUUUCACUCCAGAUGAACAAGAAAGCUUGGAAGUUGCAAUUCAGUGUCUGGAGACCGUUUUUAAGAUUAACCCAGAAGAUACUCAUCUUGCACCUCCACAGCAUUUGAUAGAAAUAUUUGCAAAUUCUUUCCGCAAGAUUGAUAAGCUGCCUCUCUCAGAUUCUUUACCAGAGGAUAUCGAGAAGGCUGACCAUCUGAAGGAUGAAGGUAACAAUCAUAUGAAAGAAGAAAAUUAUGGUGCUGCAGUGGAUUGUUACACUAGGGCAAUAGAACUGGAUCCAAACAAUGCAGUCUAUUACUGCAACAGGGCAGCUGCUCAAAGUAAACUCAAUAAGUACAGUGAAGCAAUAAAGGACUGUGAGAGAGCCAUAGCAAUAGACCCAAAGUACAGCAAAGCAUAUGGAAGAAUGGGGUUGGCUCUGACCUCAGUGAACAAAUAUGAAGAAGCAAUUACCAGUUACCAAAAAGCACUGGAUCUUGAUCCAGAAAAUGACUCUUAUAAGUCAAAUUUGAAAAUAGCAGAACAGAAACUAAGAGACAUGUCCAGUCCUACUGGAACUGGGCUGAGUUUUGACAUGGCAAGCUUGAUCAACAAUCCUGCCUUCAUUAGUAUGGCAGCAAGCUUAAUGCAGAAUCCCCAAGUUCAACAACUGAUGUCAGGGAUGAUGUCAAAUGCCAUUGGUGGCCCUGCUGCAGGUGUCGGAGGCCUGUCAGAUUUGUCCAGCCUGAUCCACGCGGGGCAGCAGUUUGCACAGCAGAUACAGCAGCAGAAUCCAGAGCUCAUAGAGCAACUGAGAAAUCAUGUCCGGAGCAGAUCUUUCAGUGGCAGCACUGAGGAACAUUCCUGACUUAAAUGAGUCCUGUGAAUUGAAAUGAUAUAUAACCCCAAAAUGCAUAUCAUAGUUAGCAGCAAAUCAACCAUCGUUAACUCUUCUGCUUGAAUAGAAGACUGAAAAUUCUUUGUGCGUGUUUGCAAACGAGAAUAAAUCUGUUAAACAGAUCUAUUGCACAUAACAUCGUUUAAUGUAUAGUUAAUCUUGGAAAAUUAAUAUACUAAAUGCAUUCAGUGGUUUAUUAAAAUCCUUAUGUACAAGUCAUUUUCAGUAGGUGCAUUUGAGUAAUUUCCAUGGGUGUUGAAUGGCAAGGAGUUCUGCAGUUGUCUGAUUUAGUGUAACAACUUAAUUCUAAAAUCCUUAAUUCUAAAAUGUAAAAGGCAUGUUAUUCUAAUACUGUUAUUCUAAUACUGUAAUUCUAAUUCUGUUACAACUGCUGAAACAAUAGCUUCAUCAGUCCUUUUAAUGGACAUCUGAUGUGCCCUUCUAUGAGUGUAAAUCAGUGUUGGAGUGCAGAAUGUACAUAAAACUUCUGCUUGAAGCCUGUUUAUAUCUGUGGAGAGGCUGUCAACGGUAACAUGAAGUACUUUUUCUCCUUGGCUGGAGAAAAGGAAAUGACUGCAUAUGAAGGAGUAGCAACUGUAGAGAAAAAAAGAUAAUUCUGAAGUGGAAUUAUACAUACACCAAGAUACAAUUUGGCUUGGUAAGGAAAUAGUAUUAAGGAGUUUCAGACUCCUCAGCUGCCAUGUAUACCCUCAGAUCAACCCUGGAGGCCAGCAGAGCGGUUAUGUUUUCAUAGGCAUUGCAAACUGUAUUACAUUCCAUAGGCACGCAGUAUUUAACAUAGGCUUAACAUUCAUAACUGUAAUAAAAAAACUGAUCAUACAACUGCAUAAAUAUCUUGUACUGAAAAUAAGAAGUGAUUGCCUUAGAAGGAUUCUCUUCCUGUUCCUGCAUGAUAAAUCACUGGCCUCAGAUUCAUUGUAUGUUAUCUUCUUUUAGCAAUGAUUGUAUGGCUAAAGAUUUUUCUAGUUUUUGUUAUUUCUGUUUUUACAUUGGCAUUCUUUAUCAGCUAACAUUCUGAAACAGACCACUGUUUUUCUGUAUUUUCUUUUAAAUUCUGCUUACUGUUCACAUUGAUUUCUGUGAUGAGGUGCAUUUGUUUCAGCUUCAGGGAGCUUUUCAACACACUAUUUCUCUUUCUAAAUCAAAACUAAAACUAAUUUGAGGAGCCUGCUUUGAUUCCUAAGACAAAGUGCCCUCUACUGGCCUCUCAGACUAGAGGCAGCCCAGACAAUAAAAGGCUCCUAAAUGGAAAGACACAGUAACUCCUUGGACAUUACACAUUAUAUCUAUUUUGUGGGCAAAAGAAACCAGCAAACUCAGAAAAUGCAAAAGUGGGACUAAGUCAGGGAUUCCACUAAGAAAUCUGUGCAUCCAUUGUAUGAGCCUUCAGCAGCCAAAACAUAGGGAAAAAUGCAGCUGGAUCCAAGGAGAAAUGAAAUGGAGAAAACAAAAAAAAAAUCCCACAAUCACAAAAUCCACAUUAUCAUCUAUUGAAUACAUGCAUUUAAUGCAGCGGCAUCAAGAUAUUUGUAGUUUCUUCAACAAAGCAACCCUACACGCAGCACUUACUUAAAAAAAAUAUAUCUGUAAGUUGCUCUGGCUGCCUUGUUAGGGUUGUGAAGAUAUUUAAACUUCACAUUAAAUAGAUUUCCAAAUAAAAACUGUCAACAACAUCUGAUGACAAGGAAGCUUUUCAAUGUGAUCUUUUUUCAGAGGUAGUUAAGACUCUGAAUCUAAUCUGUAAGUUCAGUUACAGUAACAUAAUAGGAAAGGAUACUGUCUACAGGAAAGGUCAAUGUAUGUAUGUGCUAUGUGGGCUAAAACUACUGUACAAACAGUAUUCUGUGUGUUGUGUCAUGAAAGAAGCAUUGCUCCUAGCACAUAACUCCUAUUAAUCUCCACAUUUCCUUAAUUUUCUUCCAUAGUGAGUUUUAUUAGCUUUGCUAAGGGGAGAGUAGUAAAUCCAGGAAUGUCUGGAUAGCACAUGGGGAUCUCUCUCAAUUAAUUUAUACUUCUGUUGGAAGCACUGUUGAUCUUUCUACUUUAAAACAGCAAGUGUGAAGAACCUGUUGAGAAUUCCUGUAGAACAACAAAAUGUGGUAAUACUAAUAAACUGAUGUAGAGGUUGUACUGUCUUCCAUAAAUAUACUUUAUUUUUUAAAUUGUUCACUGGUAUGGCCUUAUAUUGUAUUUAUCAGAGUAUAAUCCCCAAGGUAAAAGAGAAAUGAGUUAUUGGUUUGUUAUUUGAAAACACUAAAAUCAUCUUUAUGGAUAUUUUACAUACUACAGUAUCAUCAGUGUUUAGGUUUUAAGCCUGUACAAAUCAUAUGUAACCAGAAUAUGUAUUACAAUGGUGGCAUUAGCUAACUUUUUUGGAAUGUGCUACAACUUGUGUAAUACUUGUAAACAUUCUUUGUUUCUUGUGUAUUAACAAAAAGGGCUUUAUAGCCUCAAUAAAAGACAGUGCAAC